AAUUAUUUAACAGCAUUAAGGUCCUUAAUAAAAUUUCCACAUUUUCUAGUUAAAACAUAUUUUAACAAAGCGUGUCAUUGAGUUCGUGGGGAAUUUAUUUUUAAAACACUGGUUUGGCAUCCUUGAAAGCAAGGAGGACAGGACCAGUUGCGGCUUGUUUCUGCCCUGUCGUGCUUCCUUCAGGUUCAAAACCGGAGGGUGGCCCUCAAAGCGGCACCCCGGCUGCGGCCGGGGACCCAUCUCCUCUCGUGCCGGCUCCAGCAAUGCCGCGCCGGUCCUAGGCACGGCGCCAUCUCGGUCCUCCGGCCGCGAGAGGCGCAGCCACCCAGGCUGAGGGAAGCGGGAGGAGGAGGAGGAGGCGGAGAUGGGAGAUGAAGAGGGCUGGAAAAGGGCCGUGAAAGCGGCCAAGGCUGGAUCCGCGCUGAACUGCUCGGGCAGCUGCUGCUCUUCCCCACUGGCCAUGGCUGUGAAAGACCCCCAGGCAAUUGAAAGAACAAAUCUAUUGAACAUGGCUAAACUGAGUAUAAAGGGACUCAUUGAAUCUGCUCUAAGCUUUGGGCGAACUCUUGAUUCUGAUUAUCCACCUCUCCAGCAGUUUUUUGUUGUCAUGGAACACUGCCUGAAACACGGCCUGAAAGUAAAGAAAUCUUUUCUAAGUUAUAAUAAAACAAUAUGGGGCCCUCUGGAACUUGUAGAGAAAUUGUAUCCAGAAGCUGAGGAGAUUGCCGCUAGCGUUAGAGAUUUACCUGGUCUCAAGACUUCAUUAGGACGCGCUCGGGCUUGGUUACGUUUGGCACUCAUGCAGAAAAAGAUGGCUGAUUAUCUCCGAUGUCUCAUCCUUCGGAAAGAUCUCCUCGGGGAAUUUUAUGAAUACCAUGCAGUGAUGAUGGAAGAAGAAGGAGCCGUCAUUGUUGGAUUGCUAGUUGGGUUAAAUGUCAUUGAUGCAAACUUGUGCAUAAAAGGAGAAGAUUUGGAUUCACAAGUUGGCGUAAUUGAUUUCUCCAUGUAUCUAAAGAGUGACGAUGACACUGAAGAUAAAGAAAGAAAUGACCAUGUUGCUGCAAUAUUGGAUCAGAAGAAUUAUGUUGAAGAAUUAAACCGACAAUUGAAUAGUACAGUCGGCAGCCUCCAUACCCGCGUUGAUUCACUAGAGAAGUCAAACACUAAAUUAAUCGAAGAGUUGGCGAUAGCUAAAAACAAUAUAAUUAAACUACAAGAAGAAAACCAUCAUUUAAGAAGUGAAAACACACUCAUUUUAAUGAAAACACAACAUCAUCUGGAGAUGAAUAAAGUAGAUGCUGAAGCAGAACUUCAGACAUAUAAACAUUCCCGACAAAGCCUGGAUGAAAUGUACAAUGAAGCACAUAGACAGCUUCGAGAAGAGUCACAGUUAAGACAAGAUAUAGAGAAUGAAUUGAUGGUCCAAGUUGGUAUGAAGCAUGAAAUAGAACUUGCAAUGAAGUUAUUGGAGAAAGAUAUACAUGAAAAGCAAGACACUCUUAUAAAUCUGCGGCAACAGCUGGAGGAAGUCAAAGUGAUAAAUACAGAAAUGUAUCAAAAACUGCAGUUUUCAGAUGAAGCCAUGAAAGAAAAGAAUGAAAUAAUUGGUCGCCUGGAGGAUAAAACUAGUGAGAUUACCGCAACUAUGAAGCAUCUGGAACAAAGAUUGCAGCAAGCAGAGAAGGCUCACAUGGAAGCAGACAGUGAGGACAAGAAAGUUAAACAAGAUUAUAUGAAUAAAUCUGAAAGUCUUCAGAAAGAAAUUGCCCAAAAGGAAAACCAAGUGUGUCAGCUGGAGACAGAUUUGAAAAUAGAAAAAGAAUGGAGACAAACCAUGGAAGAGGACCUUAAAAAGGAAAAAGAAACGACCUGUUUUCUACAAACAGAGACUCAGCAAAUCAUUACACUUAAAAAAGAAUUCCUAAAGUUACAGGGAAAUAACAAGCAAUUGAGAAAUCUUUGUCACGAUCAAGAAGAAGCUCUCCAAGAACUAGCUGGCAAACUUAGCGAAUCAAAGCUUAAAAUAGAAGACAUAAAAGAAGCAAACAAAACACUUCAGGGCCUGGUCUGGUUGAAGGACAAAGAAGCUACUCACUGCAAAUUAUGUGAAAAAGAAUUUUCUCUUUCCAAGAGGAAGCAUCAUUGUAGAAACUGUGGUGAAAUUUUCUGCAAUGCCUGCUCUGACAACGAGUUGCCUUUGCCAUCUUCACCAAAGCCGGUUCGGGUCUGUGACUCCUGUCAUGCACUACUCAUACAAAGGUGUUCUUCCAAUGUGCCCUAAGUCUUCUGCAGAAGUUAUAAGACAUUCACCCUAUGAGAAUGAGUAUAUAUAUAUAUAACUGCAAUUCCGGCUUAGCGCCCUUAAUGUCAACAUGAUGGAAACACUUGUCACUACGUCUUUGUGCCAUUGUUCUUGCAACACCAGAAUCAAAGUCUUUGUUUUGUACAGUUGCGCUGAGGCAAUGAUUGAAAUGCAUCUGCUUUGCAGUUCUGUUUCUGCUGUUUUAUGUUGUCAGAGGGCUAUUCUAGUAUGUGGUGCAGAAUUGACCUUGUAAUGAAAGCUUUAUGCUGAGAACAGGGAAGCAGAGAAGCUGACAUUGGAGCUAGAUAACGUUUACAUCAACUGCACUAUUUGUGUAGUUUUUUUGUCCUCCCCGACACUUCCACUGAAAAAGCAUUGUUGCUUUAUGUGUGGGCAAAGUUGAAUGAGGCAAAUUAUAAACAAAUAUAUAUUUGUUCAGAUGUGGCAGAACUCAGUUAUUUUCCCCAGUAUUUCUACACAAGUUGGCCUCAGAUUCCAGUUUCUGGGCAACAGUUAAUGCAGGUUUGUAUUGAAUGUAGUUGGUAGGAGUUAGAGGAUCUAGCUUAGCAAGAUGGAAGGAUUUGCUUCUCAUAGGGAAAUUCAUAUUCAGGAUCCAUCUAGGACAGACAGCUCAGGGCUGAAUGAUUUCCAUUCGGGGGUUCAGAUGAGAAAGGUUACAUCUCUUAUACUGUUAAACCUCUGGAAUCAAAAUCCAUGGUUAACUUCCCCAACUGGUUAACAUGCAGCACUUGUAAUACUUGCAAAAUAAUCCUUUAUAUAUCAAGGAAGGGUAGUACGCACACUUGAGGGAUGUCUCUUUCCUAUACAGUGGUUGUCAGACAAGUGAUGCCUCAUGAAAAGAUUGGCAGAGUAGCAAUUUUAGAUCAGUUCUCCAUAUAUUGUAUAAGAUUGGUUGGGGUAGAUUUGUGAAAAGAAUGUAUCUUAAAAUUUGUCUCCAAGAACUCAAGAGACUAGUCUAGCAGGACUUUUUGUAUAAAUAGAGCUUUUAUACUUACACACAAAACGAUUUGCACUUUUUAAUGUAAACUUAAGUUAUUCGAAAUGAUCUAGAAGGAAUCUAAAUUACAAAAUAGCUGAUUGCCAAAUGAAUUGUUAACAGGACAGGACAAUGUUGCUUUUACUUGUCUUGUAGGAAAAUGUGUGCGUGGAGGGCUCCUUAUUCAAGGCAACUUUUUGGAAAACCACUAUCUAAUUAACAAUUUUACUUGAAAAAUGGAGGGUGUCAUUUAAAAAAAUGGUAGUCUUCUUGUACUGGUGUGUUAUUUCUAAUAGAUGUUGAGAACAGUUUUUAAUGUGAAAGCAUUGCCUAUUAAAAAGUUGCAAUGCAUUUUUCCAUUGGAUUGAUCUAAACCAAACCAACCUCCCUCCCCCUUUUUGAAUCUUCCUCUUUUUGAUUCCUCUUUCACAACUGGGUACCUUCCAGAUAUAUUUAAAAAAUAUUGAGUUGCAAUAUAAGAUCAGUACAGAAUUCUGAAGGCAAAUAGAAUUACUGAGGUCAAUAAAAUUUGGUGCAGUGAUGUGCUGUUCAGUAAUUUUAAUUAGUUUUCAGUAUUUCAGGAAUACUAUCUAGAUAGUAUUCCUGAAAUAGACAAUCUUUUAUAGGUUUGAGGUAGUACAAAAAAUUGCUGGGGAACUCCCUGCCUGUAAAAAGCUGUUGGGGUAGAACCAGGCAACCACAUGAAUUGAGUUCUGUUAUGAGAGGCUGGGUUCUUAGCACUGGCUGGGGAAUUCUGGGAGUUGAAGGCCACACAUCCUAGCUGCUGAAGCUGAGAAACGCUACUUUACUGGAUCAUUCAGUGAGCAGGACUCUUUUAAGGGAGAAAGGUAGUUUCUAACUUGGUAAUUCUGAAAUGCUUGUAUCAAAAUGUCAAAGUAAGCCUUAACAACCAUGGAACCGAUUUUCUAAUAAAUGUUCUAAUAAUUACAAGCUCAUGAGUUAUUAACUUUAACACAUGAUCAUUUAUCAUCCCCCCUUCCUGUAUCAGUUGUGAGAUGGUUGAAUUUUAUUGCUUAAUCAACAGGGCUGUGAAGUGGUUCAGAUUCAAUUCCCAAAUCGUGCUUUGGACACUUGUCACUAACAGUUCUUUAAGUAUGUUCUCACAUGAGUUUGCUAGAAAGGUACAAUUCUGAGAAAAGACACACACAUGCACAAACACGCACACUUAAUAACUGCAGACAGGCUCUGAAAUAUUUGGGGAACUGAUUCCAAAUGAGUAAUUUUAUUGGCUAUAAAAUCAGCUCCUCUUCAAUUUCAGGUGAUAAAUUUGAUCCAAACUCAAAACUAUCCAGCCUUUGAAGAAAUAUGAGCUUACAAUCUUCAUCAAAUUUUAUUUGAUUAUCCAUUUCUUAUGUACAGACAUUGUCUAAGAACAAGCUAUUAAUUUCUUUGGUGGAAAUAUGCCCAGAUUUUAAAUUGACUAUAUAUUUUGAAAGUUUUUUUUUUUAAAUUUAAAAGCAGCUUCAGAGUUGACUACUACAGAUUCUCAAUCCAAUACCUGGAAAUCCUUGGGUCCGAGAGUCCUUAAAAGACAUCAAUCAAUGCAUUCUGGGUCUAGACUUACAGAGGAAAGCAGAAUUUCUUACUGGUGUUUAACAUUAGCCUUUGGAAAAGAGUGUUAUUUACACCACAUUCUCAACUGUCCUUUACAGGUAGUUGUUUUAGGCUUUCUAGGCUUAAUGCUAAGUCAUCAUGGUUUUUGGAAAGGAGGCCUAGCUACCUUUUGUUCCCUUAAAGAAUGGUUUGGAGGAUGUCAUUCACUCACCAUCACACAUACUAUUGUGCCAUACAUGAUGCUCUAAAUUAAUAUCACCCUUUCUUGUAAUUUACUCCAAUUGUCUCCUGGAACAUAUUAUAAUAUCAGCUACUGAAUUCUUCGAAAUAUCAAAAGAAAGUAGUGUCCGGGCACAAUUGCUGAAAGAAAACACUGGGUAACUAUAUAAUUAUAUCUAAUAAUUCUGAUAUUGUUCCAUGUCAGAAAGUUUUUGUCUUUUAGCAUCUUUAUUAUGCGUUUGAUGUUUGAUAUUUUACAUGAAAUUUUGGUCAAUGACCAUAAAUAAAAUUUGAUUAAAAUACAAGUGUUUGUAAACAUUGGAAAAAAUAUUCAACAAUUUUCAGCUAGUCCUGGUGAUGCUCCAAUCGUUCAUUUGGUUGUUAUGUAGCUGCUUGUGUAAUAGAAGUUGAUACACACAGAUUUCCAUUAAAUAAAUAAAAAAAACAAUUAUUCCCAGUAAAUUUGGGAAACAUUUAUUAUAGCUGUACUGGUCCCAUGUGACCAGAAGGUGUAUAGCACUAAUGUUUACAAAAAGUAAUCUCAUUAAGGGACUGGUAGGUUUUGUUAUGAAGCACGCUAAUGCCACAUGGUAAGAAAUCUUGAUGUAUAAAAUAAGUCUUCCAUACAGGCAAUGAAACUCUGAAUGUGUGGGACCCUGAUUCAAUUGCAUUAAUCUUAGAAUGCACUCUUAUUUAGAAUGAAGAAUUAAACUGAUGCUAGGAUGAUCCAUCCUACUUGCCUCUUUUGAGUCAAAGAAUCAAUAUAUUGGUUAUCAGAGGCUUACAUAAUGAAGUUCUUGCUUUGAUGGCCACUCCGUUAUGAAUCUGAUUGUAUGAUCCUGUUACUGCACACUAUCCUCUGUACACUCCUUGUAGUAACAAAUGCCUUGAACAGGGUCUACUUUGGGGCACAGUUGAAAAAAGUUUGUAGAA